UUCAUUGAGGGAGCUCUGCUGGAGCAGCACGGGAAAGCCUGGACACAUUUCUCAAACUUCAGAUUCGCAUUUGUCCUUGGCAAAUACAGCACAAGGCUUCUGGGUUUAUUUUUACGCAGCUUAUACUUUAAACAUAAACAUUUGUCUUGUUUUUUUCUUCAUACUGGAUGUGCAAAACGAACUCAAGUCGGCAAAUUCUCCAAUAAAGGUGUAUCCAGGAGAUGAGCUCACUUUUGCUGUCUAGUUCCACCAUGAAGGACCGCGACUCUCUCUCCCUUCUGCAUUACACUGGUUCAGCCAAGACCAGCCCUCAGUUCUCCUCCACUGCCCUCCACCCCAGCUCUCCUGUGUUGGGAAAACCCCAGCCCUUCUGCCUGCAGUCUGGCCAGCAUCUCUUAGCCUCCAUGCAACUGCAGAAACUCAACAGCCACUACCAGAACCUGGCCGUAUCCUCUGUAGCUACCACUGGACCCAGCAGAGCAUACGGAACGUCUGCGUUGAGCCCAGGACAGAUUGCUACCCCUGGGGCGGCACAGACACCUGGGAUCAUUGAUUCGGAUCCGGUGGAUGAGGAAGUUCUGAUGUCACUAGUGGUGGAGUUGGGUUUGGACCGGGCCAAUGAGCUCCCAGAACUGUGGCUGGGUCAGAAUGAGUUUGACUUCAUUGCAGACGUACCAGCUGGCUGCUGACCCCAAAAAUGUCUCUCGGCUUCUCACUAACGCUCCAAAGCAAAGUGUCCACUAAAUUUGCCUUUGAAAAGAAUAUUUAAGUGUCAGGUUUGUACUGUUAAAAGCUGGUUGAAGAUGCUUGCCGUUAUGGAAACCAGACUAAUGAACCUUAAAGAGCUGAAGACUUGAUCCAAGUGAGACUCUUUUGUUUCCUCCUUUAAGUGGAUGAAGAAUUUUUCUCUGAGAAAGUUACCAGGUUUGAGAUUUUGUUUGUAAAACAUGACUAACCAUACACCAAAAGGGUCUUGUGGCCAAGCCUUAAGAUCCCAGAAGGCUAUACAUCCUAAGCCCUCUCACCACAUUAUGCUGCGUGAUAUUGAACUUUGCUCCUCAAUGUAAGGCUGGAGGAAGAGAUAUUCAGUACAUAUAAAGAACAACAGAUAAAAGUCAGAUGGUUUUGCAUGUGUGAAGAGGAAGGCAAUUGUGAUUGUGGAACUGGUGCACUCCGCUGAGGCUCUCCAUCCAAUAGAAAGAUUCUCUCGAGAAGCCAUGCCAUCGCAAGCCUCAUUGGUCAGAGAGGAAUUCGACCCGCCUAAGCGUUUUCCAUGGUUAAAUAUAUUAAUGAGAAACGUGUCUGUUUUCCCAACGUACAGCCUUGCGUCUGACGGGCUUUCUUUAUUUAAAUAAAAAAAUGACAUGCUUAUUAAAAAGCUGCCUACAAGAGCUUUCAUAUAUUUUCCUAAAAUGGAUAUUUCUGUUUAUUUUCAUUGUCUUGUAGGCUGUAUUGAAUAAAGUAGUUUAAAGGUAAUUUAGGCCUUUUCCACAAUUUACAAGUAUGUUAGACAUUUUUUUUGCAUGCUUAAAAACAUUUGGAUUACCAUGUAAAGAGUGAGAGAUUUUCUGUCUGAAGUUUCAUUUAUUUUGUUCUGUUUGGACAUUUGUGAUUUACUGAAACGUAAUCAAAGAUUUUUCGUUUAGCACUUUUCUUUCGACCAUUUAUUUUUCUACAUAAGAGAUUACCUAUAUUUAAAUGUGUGUGCUUUUCUAUUUUUGAAUGUGAGAAAAUAAAGUAAA